AUGCAAAGACUUCGCCAGCUAAGGUGGGAAUUAGGGAGUGUAUUGCCUGCUCAUGUUAGAGAUAACCUGUGCGAAUUGGAGAAACAAUGGUUCACGAAUUACAGUAAGUCUCUUGUGAAGUAUAUGAGAUCAUUUGGUGAUAUUGGAUUGGAUUUAACCCAAGACUUAAAGCCGCCAAAGUCUGUGUUUAUUGAGGUGCGAUGCCUACAGGACUAUGGUGAAUUCGUAACAGAUGAUGGUGAUGUUAUAUCAUUAAAAAGAAAUACACAGCAUUAUAUGAGACGGUCACAAUGUGAGCAUCUGAUAAGGCAAGGAAUACUGGAACACAUUAAUUGA